AUGUCGCUUCCGCGGUGUUUGACUGCGGACUUUUUUUCAUCCCUGGCCGACUCCGUUGCCAAAGCCGGGGACGGCUUCUUCCAGGAAGUCCACGACUGCUGCUCGGCCGUCAAGAUACUGUGUCUGCAGCAGUCCUGCGUCGCCGAGAAUAAGUACCUGGUGGAAGUGCUGGAUGGAUCCGUACCGGUGAAAUACAAACACACCUGCCUCGCGCUGGUUCCUCCGACCGCCGACGGCGAUAAGCAGCUGGUAGGCAAGGUCAUCAGCUUCAACCAGUACAAGAUAACGCCCACGAAAUCGCGCUACCUCAUCAUCCUCACCAAGAUAACAAUCGUUCCGGGCGAUUACAGGCACCUAACAUGUCAGCUAGGACCAGCAUUGGUGUACCAUCCGGGGCUCUCCAUACAGCAGGCAGGACAAACUCCUACAUCGGCAAUGCAACCUCAAGGAGGAGUAGGAACAGCUUCUGGGCCCAUCAGGAAACACGAUGAAUCUUUGGCGCAGCGGAAGGCCCAAGGCUCUCCGUACCCAAUCACCAGCUCCAAGCCGGUAGUGAAGACAGCCGAUGCGGGAUCUUCCGCGCAAAUCAGCAUAUCCGAUCUCACUAUAUACACACCCAAAUGGAUUAUACGAGCUAGGGUCUCGCACAAGUCCCAAAUCAGGAAGUUCAACAACCAGUGGGGAGAAGGACAGCUUUUUUCCGUCGACCUCUGUGACGCUGAUGGCGAGAUUCGUGCAACGUUUUUUGGGGAGGCUGUGACCAAAUGGUACUACUUCCUGGAGGAGGGGCAAGUCUACUCCUUUAGCGGUGGCCAGCUUAAACCUGCGAACAAGAAGUUCAAUAACUUGUCUCAUUCCUGCGAAAUUUCUAUGGACGAGAACGCACAGAUUCAGCUCGACCAAAACGACAUCUCGAUUCCGGUCCUGCGCUGCACCUUCACGCCGAUCAACCAAAUCGACAGCGUUGAGAUUGGAGCCAUCAUUGACGUCAUCGGGAUAAUUGUACGAGCAAGGGAGAUCAAACUAGUUCAGCACAAGGGCUCCGGCUCAAACAUAGAGAAGCGCGACGUGAUGCUCUGCGACAACAGCGGGGCGAGUAUAUGGCUCACGUUAUGGUCGAAGAAGGUGCAGCACUUCCAAAACAAUGAGUUGGACGGCCAUCCACUGGUAGCGUUCAAAGGUGUCAAGGUUGGUGAGUGGCAAGGCAGGAGGCUGGACACCCAGGCCUCAACCAAGAUCACUGUAGACCCAGUUAUCGCAGAAGCCGCUGAAAUCAGGCAGUGGUGGACCACGACCGGCUGCCAGCUGCGCUUCGAUGCCGGCCGACAGGGCCAAGAGGUUCACAUAGAGGAUAUAGUUUCCAUUCGUCAAAUCACCAAGGCGGCGAAUCAGGCACUGCAGUUCAAGUCGCUGGGCGACAACGGAAUCACGUUCACCACCCGCGGUAUCGUAGAGGUCAUCAAGGAGUCCACUUUCUCCUGGCCCGCCUGCUUGGAGUGCCACCGGAAAAUGGUCAACGACCAGGGCCAGUGGAUGUGUACCCGGUGCAGCGCGAGGUCUAAGCCGAAGCACACGUACAUCCUCUCACUGAAGAUCGCAGAUGACACCGGCCACCUGUGGGCGUCAGCUGCCAACACCGUCGGCGCCGAAAUCAUGAACUGGGUGCCGGCGGAGGAGUUGCUGGCGCUGUUCGAGGGUGGCGAGGUCAACGCCGACGGGAAGAACUUCAUGAACGUCUUCGAGGAGGCAAGGCUGUCUGAGUUUAUCUUUAAGGUCAGGGUAACCAGCGAGAAGUACAUGGACGAGCUGCGGAUCAAGUAUCGCAUCGCAAAGGCGUUCAGGGUGGGUAAGCACAUGGAUGCUGCCAUCACCUGCCGCAUGAAGGACAUCAACGAGCUGCUAGAAUGA